GGCCGUUCGGGCUGCGCUUUGCCAGGGCAGAAGCGGCGGCGGCAGUGCCUGUGGCUCAGGAUGCGGCCGGGGGGCGCGCUGCUCGCCCUGCUCGCCAGCCUGCUGCUGCUGCUGCUGCUACGCCUGCUCUGGUGCUCGACCGACGCGCCCGCCAGCUCCAGGUUCUUGGUGGAGGAAAGCAGGGAGGCUACCCACAGCACCCCCGCCGCGCUGAGGACACUCAGGAGCCGGGCGACCCAGCCACCGCACACCACGAGCAGCACGUAUCUGAAUGCAAAGUCACUCCAGCCGACAGAGAGAUGCCAAAACCUGCAAGACGACUUGAAGGCUUUAUCUAACAAGACGAGAAAGUAUUCAGAGGAUGACUAUCUUCAAAUUAUCACAAAUAUCCAGAGCUGCCCAUGGAAACGACAAGCAGAAGCGUAUGAGAAUUUUAGAGCAAAACUUGCUUCCUGUUGUGAUGCUGUUCAGAACUUCAUUGUUUCUCAAAAUAACACUCCAGUCGGGACUAACAUGAGUUAUGAGGUGGAAAGUAAAAGCGAAAUCCAAAUUAGAGAGAGCAUUUUUGAUAUGUUGCCAGUGUUUCAGCCUUUCAUCGGGUACCCUUACAAUCAGUGUGCAGUGGUUGGAAAUGGAGGCAUUCUGAAUCAGUCUCUUUGUGGAGCUGAAAUAGAUAAGUCUGACUUCGUUUUUAGGUGUAACCUCCCCCCCACCACUGGAAAUAUCAGCAAUGAUGUGGGCAGUAAAACCAACCUGGUGACUCUAAAUCCCAGUAUCAUCCGACUAAGAUAUGGGAACUUAAAGGAAAAGAAAGCCGUAUUUCUGGAGGACAUUGCAACCUAUGGAGAUGCCUUCGUCCUUCUGCCCGCGUUUUCCUUCAGGGCCAACACCGCAGCCUCUUUUAAAGUGUACUAUGCCCUGAAGGAGUCUAACUCAAGACAGAAAGUUUUAUUUUUCCACCCCAAGUACCUGAAACACCUCGCCGUUUUCUGGAGGACUAAAGGUGUGACCGAGUAUCGCCUUUCGUCCGGCUUGAUGAUCGCAAGUGUGGCAGUUGAACUGUGUGAGAACGUGAAGCUCUACGGGUUUUGGCCCUUCUCUAAAACUGGAGAGAACACCCCUGUGAGCCAUCACUACUACGACAACAAGUUACCUAAACGCGGUUUCCACGAGAUGCCCAAGGAAUACAGGCAAAUCCUGCAGCUUCACGUGAAAGGCAUCCUCCAGUUACAGUUUAGUAAAUGUGAUACAUCCUGAGCAAACGGCCUGGACGUGGGAAUCCUUUUUAUCCAAAGCUGUGGGUACGUCACAAUGUUUCCAACACAGAAAGAGCAUCUUAGGAACAGCGUGGACAUGUGCUUGAAUCCAAGCUCCUCACCCCCUUUGCACCCUUAGCGACUCUGUUAUUCUUUGGAUCUUGAGUUUCUCUUCCUGCCACAUGGGGACCAGGACCUGCAGCUGGAAUUAGGGAAACGUGAUCAUCUGUGAAAACUUUGGGCAAAUAUGUGGCGUGAGGUAGGGACUCGGUGAAUAGUUCCUCGUUGAUGCUGAUAAUAAGCAUUUCCGCCCUCAGCAGGUGUAAUUCAAGGCAGGCUGUCUGGGAGACCCUUUCUGAAGGGAACAGCCGAAUGGCCAGUAUUUACCGGAGUUCUUUUUCUGUCAGGCUCCUCUAUUACCAGUCAUGUCUUUCUCACCUUUCAUCGUCCCUGAAAGCCUGCGUAUAAGAAAAAUGUGACCUUAAGCAAGAGACUCUUGGUUAUUCAGGAAUGAACUUCUUCUCUUGGGUUGUUUCUGAUUAUAUUCAUUGGUAUCUUUGGCUGCACUCAUAUGAUGGGUGGAUGUAGGCCAAUCCUUUUCUUUCUUUCUCUGCUUUUAAAAAUUACUCUUUAGGGAGUUCCCUGGUGUUCGAGUGGUUGGGACUUGGCGUUUUCACCACUGCAACCUGGGUUCCAUCAGUCCGUGGCGUAGCAACAGAGAUUCCACAUUAAGCUGCUGCAUUAAGCCCAGGUCCCCCCACCCCCAAAAUUCUUUAACUUACAUUAAUUUUCUGCCUUGCUUUUAAGCCUCUUCCUCUCCUUAUGAUAGGAUUUAUUUCAAGGACAGGAAUAGUUACAAUACCCAGUUUUUCCUACCUGUUGCCUUGUCUCUGCGGUCACUCACUCAAAUUUUUUUUUUAGAUUAUUGAACAGCGACUUCAUGCCAGAGGCUUUAACAGGGAGAUAAAGAUGACAGAGUCUUGCGGGAGGAAACAGAUGUGCAUAUCAUGAAGUAGGGAAGGGUGUCCUCAGUGUUAGCACAAAAGCUCUGAGUCAAGUACUGUGAGAAAGAGAGGCAAGAGUCCUUCACUCGAUUUCAGUGGAAUCUAUUGCAGAGAGGAGGUGAUUUCUGAAUUAAACUUAGGACAUAAAGUCCUUACCAAAUGAAGAAGCUUCCAGAUGGAUGGAAUAUAAUAGGGGAGAAAGCUGUCCUCUGGAUUCUGCUUCAUGAACAUGAGACUCGUUGAAGGCAAAGCAUGCUCUUGGCCCCAGGGACUGUCACACGAGGGUAAGAUAGAGCAUGCAGGGGUGGCAGCUGGGGCCCACAUCUGUAACGUGAGAAUAAUACCAACCUGACUGAUUUCAUAGCAAAGUGGUGAGGACUGCCGCACCCUGAGACUUCGCUGUCAUUAGAAAAGGUGUGUGUUUACAGGAGAAAUAAGGCUCUUAAUUUAAACAUCAGUAGACAUACACUAAAGCUUCCGGAGAUGUCGCACAUCGGCAUUUUCACAGCAUCCCUUACGUGAUGGUGGUACCUGCUAAUGUUGGUCAUCCCGCAUCUGCGGAAUAAGUCAUUUGACUGCAAGAAGUCAUGAUGUGCACACUUUCCUGCUGGUCUUUGUACCAUGCACCACAAGAGCAGAAAUAGGAGCAGAGCCGCCUGCACGGCCUGGCAAAUUAAUCACAAAUACAAUGCUGGAUUCUUACCUUAGCCAGAUUAUUGUGUUCUUCAAUGUUCACUUGUAAGAACACUGUGCUGUAAAUUGCUCAUAUUGAUACAGUACAUCUUUAAUUUGAUUGUAGUUGACAUUUGUCAUGCCGUUCUUAAUGCCCGUUUUCACUUGUUCUUCUGUCGCAAAGGAAACCUAUUACCACCGUAAAUUGAUUUGAAAGUUCGUAUAUAAAUAUUUUCCAAAAGGAACAUGCUUUUAGUUACAUAAAGCCUCAUUCAUUUAUCUUUCUUUGUGUAGUGGUGAAUAAAUGACUGUUUUCUACGGUUUCUAAUGAAUUUAAUUAGUUUUUAAAAAUCCGCUAGCAGUGUUGGUAAUGCCUGUCUCAUGUUACUGGCAAUGAUUAUGAAAAAUAGAUCAGAACACUGUAAUAUUUUAUAGUUUAGUAAAAUGUUUCCCUCAAAAUGUUUUUUGCUGGGUAGACUUAAACUUUGCUUUUUGAUGAUAUUGGAAAUAUACGAUUGAUGAGUAAAA